CAUAGCACAGAGAGGUGAGGGAGGGGAAGUGAACAGCUAUGAAGGGAGGGUUGGACACGCGGACCACACGGGGGGUGGCGGUGGUUCUAGGGCGGUGGGAUAGGUGAGUUGCCGACGGGAGGGAAUGAGUCGGCGGCGAAAGCGAUGUCAGGGGAAGGGGAAGUGCUUACAGAGAGACCUCGGGAGGAAGGGAAAAAGAGGUCGGUUGGAGACGUUGAAGUUGGAGACUCACGUCAGACAAGGGAAGUGCUAUCUAAGAAUGUACAGCAGACAUCCGAGGAUGCACAACGGACAGAGGCUGAGGACUCUGGGGGAAAGGGUGGAUGGCCUGAGGGCAAGAGGGGUUAUGAGGGUAUUGCGCACGCUUGGGGGGAAAGUGUGUCGCACAAGGGGAGAACGGCGGUGGGUGACUUGGAAAAAGGUGUGACUUCAAGUCUAACAAAAGGGCUGACGCACCUCACGGGAGAUCGGGGCAGAGAGGUGUGGGAGAGUCAUGUCUCGGCGAAUCGGGUAAGGAGUCUGACGAGAGGCUCGGGGGCAGGGGCAAGGCGCCUAAGCGCAGAUCAGAGGAUGGCAAUGGAGGCAAUGGCAAUGCCAGGGUUUCAGGCGGUAGCGCCGCGAAGUGAUGGGGGAGGAAAAGUGUCCAUGAAGGAGGAAGAAAAGCGCAAGAGGGGGGUUGAUGCCCAGGUGGGGGAGGAUUGUGGAGGGGGUAGUGCCUCGGGCAAGGAAGGAGAGGGGGAUGGAGAGUCCCAGGGCGGGGAGCCGUCGGAUGAGGGAGAGGGUGAGAGGGGUGAUUGCGAGACUAAUAACAAAUCUCGAGAGGUGAAGGUGAAGGGUGAAAAGUACUGCGAGAUUAAAAACAAAUCUCGAGGAGUGAUGGUGCAGGGUGAGAGGGGUGAUUGCGAGACUAAUAACAAAUCUCGAGAGGUGAAGGUGCAGGGUGAAGGAGGUACCGGGUAUUGUGAUGACGAAAAGAAAUAUCGCGGGCAGAAGGGAAGAAAGCAGAGCCCAGGACCGGGAUCAAAGCAGAAUCUCGGGGAGGCUGAAAUAUAGCGAAAACAAUCAUCCCGCGAGAACAUCAAAGAAGACUCUGGGGGGCCGAUCGGUGGUGCACAACACCUAGGGUGAUGGCCUGGCGACGGGGAUCGUCUCGUCCAACCACGGAAUGCGACGUUUUUCAGUAUCUAAGGAGUAUUCCAAGCAGGGUGGAAGUAAUUAUCCCAAACUGCAAGUGGUUUCGGGUGCUGACAAAUUGAGCUGCACGGCUGUAGGCCGUGGGAGCAAGAAUGUACUGCGGAGUAGGCCCCCGCAAGAAAUUAUUGUUCGUAGUGUGUCGCAAGAUGCACGUGCACAGCUUCAGGAGCCAAUCACUAGUAUGACACACAGGGAUUUUCCAGAAGUAGGGGUGCCGAACACGCCCCCUUCGUCAGAUCAAACGAAGUCUAACAUUGGCAGAAUGGGAAAUGUUAAUGACAAUGCAACACCAGCGGAAAAUGCGUUACGCUCAAAGGAAGGAAAUACGCAAGGCAAAUUCUCCGAGAACCGUGAGGUGUCCGCUGUAUCCUCAAGCGGAACACACGGUUGGUCGAAAUGGAGCCAAAAAGGGGUCGAUUGAUAGGGACACUAGAAAGGAAAAAAGCGUUACCGUUGAUCGUGCUGACAGCAAGCAGAACCAUGAAACUGUUGCUUCACCAGUGAUAGGAGAAGUGGGCGUGAUAGGGGAUGCAUCCGCCUCUGAAAAUUCUCUCAAGCGUGAGUUUGAGAUAACAGCGCAGGAGGGAGGACAUUUUGGUGAAGCACAAGAAGGAACAGAUCGCACUUUUGCUGUACAAGUAUCUGUUAGUUCUGUGUCAGGACAAAGGAGUGAUGCGGUGUACCCUCCGCCUCCCUUUACGUUUGCUGCAGGUGAAGCGGCGAACUACCUGUCACCAUCUAUUCGGUCGGUCGGUGGGGAUUUGACGAUGGACCGACAUCGACAUACGACUCGAGUGCAAGUGUUCGCGGGGGCAAGGGCGACCAGAAUGAUGUCGUGGGAGGCUCUGUUGGAUACGGGAAGUCCGGCAUCGUUUGUUCAAGAAAGGUGUGUGCAAUAGAUGUUGGCAUAUUGGUUCGGCUUCAGGUGAUAGCAUUGAAACAGGACUGAACAAGAAAUGGGGUGGGUUCCAUGGGGUGCCGUUGGUUACAGAUCGAAAAAUGCGAUCAAAUAUUGAAAUUUGGAAGGGCGGAAAAUCAGCGCCGGUUCAUUUCGGUACACCGACGGUACGGACGAGUGUGUAUGCGUACAUCGUGCCAGACUCAGCUAUGGGACAUGAUCUGAUACUAGGGAGGGAUAGUUGGGCUGAUUUUCCAGUUGGCAGAUUCCAAAACGUGUCGGACACAGAAACAAUUGUCACUUUUGUCGGUGAAAAUACUGAUAAAGUGGCAGGAGAUCACCGCUUUGAUGAAUGGGUGGGUAAGGCGGUUGGUAUGGUGGAAACGGAAGGUGAUGGAAAGGUGGGGGUGAAAUCUGAUGGUAGUAGACGAUGGCUUCCAAAUGCAAUGUCAUGGGUUGAGGUAAAAAUUACCAACCUAAAUGGCAGUGACGCUGCGGUGGGGACGUACCGUGUGCAGUUUGGGAAAAAGUGGUUCCCGCAGGAAGCAUUGGUCGGAAAUGGCACGUCUGAAAUUCGUCUCAAAAGAGUGGGGGAUAGCUCGUGUCUGGUGAAACCAAACGUUUUUUUGGGGUAUGGUGGUGAACCCCUGGAAGUGGUGGCGAUCAGGCGGUUGUGGCAAAGGGUGCCUCCGCACAUUCGAGACGUCCAUGUCGACUUCAAUGCAAAACUGUGGGAGCCGGAAGACAUUGACAAACUAGGUGACUUAUUGUGCAAGUUUGAGCGUCGUUUUUCGAAGGGUGGUUCGGAUUUAGGACGGGUGACGGUGGAUCCGUUUCGAAUCAUUUUGAAGCCGGGGGCGCAGCCAGUGCGGCAGAGGCUAUAUCGCUAUUCACCAGAUAUGAACGAAAAGGUGCAGAUGGAAAUUGACAAAUUGCUGUUGGCGGGUUUGUUGCGGAGAUCGUACAGCAAUUGAGCGAGUCCGUUGAUGGUAGUCGCGAAAGCUAGCGGUGGUGUGCGGUUGACGGUCAACUACAAGCGCAUCAACAAAAUGAAUGUACCCCCGAUAUUGCCCAUUGCGAUAGUGGGGAUAUUUUGGCGGAAUUGGACAAAUCGAAAAUCUUCAGUACGCUGGAUUUGGUCAGUGGGUUCUUCCAGUGCAGUAUUGAGGAGGACAGCAUUCCGAUCACUGCUGCUCUACGAUCGUUGUUAGGGUCUUUG